AUGGCCAUUUCGUAUGAAGUUGCGCAAAAGGUCAUCAACAAAAAACAUCUAUACUGCCGACUUGUCGAUACCGACCAAUUCCAAAAGCUCCAAGAAGAGGUCACCCUACCCGACUCAACGUUCACCUUUUACUCAGAUGGCAAAAUUAUGAACGAAAAAGGAGUCGAGUUUAACUGGUCAUCGGCUGCAGACUGGGCGAAGUACUUCGAAAACAGACUUAAGAACUCACAAGUAAUUCAUCAUAUCGCACCACCGCAUCUGGAGCAGAUCAGCCCCGACGAGGUUAAAGCAGUAUUUGGCGUUCAAUACUCCGCCGGUCCGAAGGAUUCGGUCACUGAAGGACACCACAGCGGUGGAGGCUACUACCACGAACGCUAUGUGCGGAAAGGUGAUGACUGGUUUCUCAAGGAGUUGAAGAUGCACAACACGUAUUACAGAGCAGGGUAA